AUGGGUGAUGAAUUACACAGCCGUUUACUUCACCAAAGCGAUGGCACUAAGGAUGCCGUCCUUUAUAAGAUAAUAGAAUCGUUAGUUUGCUCCAUAUGCCAUGAUUAUAUGUUCGUACCGAUGAUGACACCUUGUGGCCAUAAUUAUUGCUAUGGUUGUCUGAAUACCUGGUUUGCCAGCAAUACUCAAAAAGAAUUGGCCUGUCCACAGUGCAGAUCUGAUAUUACCACUAUUCCCGCAUUGAAUACUACAUUACAACAGUAUUUAUCAUUCAUUCUGGACAAGUUAAGUAGCGAAGAUGACGAGUCUUUUAAAAAAAUUUUAACGACUAAAAUCAAAGAGGAAACCGAUUACAAGAAUGACAAGGAAAGGGACACGUUGUUCGACAAGGUAUUUAAGAAUAGCGCACUGGCAGUGGCCGACGACUCGGAUGACGGUAUCACACGUUGUAGUAAUUGCCAUUGGGAAUUAGAUCCAGAUGAAGUAGAAGACGGAAAUGUUUGUCCUCACUGCAACGCCAGAAUAAGGAAUUACGCAGGUGGCCGUGACGAAUUCGACGAAGAAGAAUACAGUGAAGGAGAGUUGGAUGAAAUUCGGGAAAGUAUGCGUAGGCGUAGAGAGGAUCGAUUGGCAUCUACCGAUCCGUUUGCCAGUAGAGAUGAUGUAAGUUCUGAAGAAGAUGAUAGCAGUGAAGAAGAGCCAAUGCGAGAACAUAUUCCACAAGGCCGUUGGGCCAGGUCACAUAACCGUAGCAUUGCUGUCGAUGCUGUGGAUGAUGAAGAUGACGAAGAGGAAUUAGAGGAAGAUGAAGAAGAGAUGGAUUCUGAUUUGAAGGAUUUUAUAGAGGAUGAUGAGGAUGACGAAGAUGGAGACGGCAGUAGGAGGAACUUGGUAUUGUCUGCAUUCAAGAACAGACAUGUAGUUAUUACUGACGAUGAGGAAGAGGAGGAAGAACGGCGGAAUGCUAUAGAAGAGGAGGAUCAUGACAGUGACUUUUAUGAGCACAAUGAUGAAGGGUUUGUAAGUGGUGAUAGCCUUGAUGAAGGCCGGAAAGAGGUUACAGAGGUACAGUCGAGUUCUGAUUCAGAAGAUCAUUCGAUUUCAUAUCCUAGCUCUAACGAUGCCAGGGAUAAUGAUGAACAUGACGCGGAAGAGUUAGAUGACCCGCAACCAAAAAGGCAAAAGCGCUUCCGUGUUGUUCUAGGAGACAGUGACGAUGAAUGA